AAGUGUCAAAAACAAAAGUCUUAAAUUCAGUCAACCGUUUCACCCUAUCUACCGUCACUUUGUUCUUCGUCCAACAGUUUCAUGGUCGCGCAGGUAGAAGACGAAUUAGAUCGUAAAAAAACCAGAACAAAACAAAAUUUCUCAUUGACAAACACAGAGAAAGCGGUCGUAUGCGACAAUUCUUCUGUUUUUCUUUGCAGGAACGCUUUGAUUCUCGAUUUCGUUGAAUCUGAAGGAAAUCGGAUUACGUUUGUUUCGACAGGAUUCAGAGGCGAUCGAACGGUCGAUCGAUAAUCGAAAUCGCUGCAUGAUUGAUAAAGAGAGGGAUCGAGGAGUAGCUUAGGGCAUAUAGAGGGUAGAGGUUAGGGGUAGAGAGAGGAGAAGGAAGAGGAGAAAGAGAGGGCCAAAGGAGGCUACUUUGAGAAACUAUGUCUGCCGUAGUGUGCGGGAAGAGAUCUCUAUUCGAGGACUAUCCUGCUACUUCACCUCCCGUUUCCAAGAGAAUCCGUUGUUCUUCUUCCUCUCCCGUUCGUUUCUCUCCGCCUAGAUCCUUCUCUAAUCGCUCUGCGCUGGUUGACCAUCUCCUGGAAAAAUUUCCUGAAAUGGACAAACAGCUCAUUGAGAAAGCUCUUGAAGAAUGCGGAGAUGACUUGGAUUCGGCUAUCAGAAGUUUGACUGAACUUCGUUUGGGAUCUCGUGAUAGAAAUUUGGGUACUGUGGCUGGCAGACCUGAAAUAUCUCUGGAGGCAAAUGCUCAACUUCAAGCACAAGGUGUUGUACAUUCUAAUGGAGAGUUUCCUGUGCCUGAGGAUCCAUCAGCUCCAUCAAACUUACAAAUGGAUGGUGCAGAAUGGGUGGAACUUUUUGUCCAAGAAAUGAUGAGUUCCUCCAAUAUUGAUGAUGCUAGAGCUCGUGCAUCUAGAGCGUUGGAAGUUCUGGAGAAGUCUAUCCAUUCCCGUGCAGGAGCAGAGGCCGCCCAAAGCUUUCAGCAGGAAAAUAUGGUGUUGAAGGAGCAAGUGGAAGCACUGCUCCACGAGAACACCAUUCUCAAGCGGGCAGUGGCUAUUCAGCAUGAGCGACAGAAAGAGUUUGAAGAUAGGAGUCAGGAAUUGCAACAACUGAAGCAACUGUUAGCCCAGUAUCAGGAGCAGUUGAGGACCUUGGAGGUUAACAACUAUGCAUUAACAAUGCAUCUGAAGCAGGCUGAGCAAAGCAACUCUAUCCCUGGGCAUUUUCACCCUGAUGUUUUCUAGAGGUCGGCGAAUGUGUUAGUGCUGCUCGGAGGAUGGAUCAUAUGCAGGUGUAAUCAGAGCAGACAUGAAAAGCCAGCCACGUUUUGUAGGCACUUCAUGUAUGUUUAGUGCCCAACUUGGCAGGGUUUUCUUUCUAUGUUCAAAUUGUUUGCUGUUAAUUAAUUAAGCUUAUUGACUUCAUUCAAAUACAUUGUUAAACAGAAUUGUGUUAUCUACUUAAUCUUUAAGCUCAAUUCUCAGUGCUUUGCACAGCUGUUUUAUAUUA